CUCGCGUGUUUGAAUGAAGGAAGGAGCCCACGAGUACCUUCAGACUCAACUCGAGAAGAGUACGAUAAACGUUGACUAGUAGCUCUGUAAUUUAGCAAAUUAAACGAUACAUUGUUAGCAUUUAAUCCAACGUGUACGAUCAAGGAUUGAGAUUUAGUACAGUAGCUAACGUAAGCAAUCCCGGCUCGUGUCGUUUGUUGUGCUUGCAUGUUAGCUAGCUAGCCAAUUCUGCUAUACUUGCUAGUGCCAAACAAUAAACCAAAUAGUUAAUGUUAUCCAGGUAAAUGUGUUUUUUCUAACUGUUAACAAACUAUUAUCCAGGACUCCUGUAUAUGAUCAAAUAUGUCCGAAGCACAAGACUUGAGAAAGCGCAGUAAGAAACGUUAUGGCGGCGGACACCGGAGUAAGAAGUACAAGGGUUCCCGGGAGCUCGAGGUGGGCAUGCAAGGUGUCCUCAUCACCUGCAAUAUGAACGAGAGGAAAUGCACCGCGGAAGCCUUCAACCUGCUGAACGAAUACGCCGACCAACUCUACGGACCUGAGAAUUUUAAGGAACCCGAGGAGAGCAGUAGCGAGGAAGAGGAGGAUGAAGAUGUGGAGGCGGCUCUGAAGAAGGAGGUGAAGCAGCUCAAAGCGUCGUCGGGGAAACGGCAGCGGCGCUUUCAGGCCAUGGACAGCGGGGCCAACAACGUCAUCUUCAUCAAGACCAGGAACCUCGACCCUGAGAAGCUGGUGCAUCACAUCCUGUCAGACCUCCACAUCACCAAGAAGAACAAGUCACGAGUCAUCCUCAGAAUGCUGCCGGUGAGUGGAACGUGCAAGGCGUUCCAGGAGGACAUGGAUAAGUACCUGAGUGUGUUCUUAGAGCCGUGGUUUAAAGCCCCCAACCAGGGCAGCUACCAGAUCGCCUUCAAGGCUCGGAACAGCUCCCACAACAAGAGGGAUGACAUCAUCAAGGCCCUGGCAGGCCUGGUGGGGAAGAUGAAUCCUAAAAACAAGGUUGACCUGACCACCCCUGAGCUCACCAUCAUCGUCGAGGUCAUCAAGAGUGUGUGCUGCGUCAGCGUCGUCAGGGACUACACUCUAUACAGGAAGUACAACCUGCAGGAGGUAGCCAAGGAGGAGGGGCCUAAAGAUGGGAAACAGGAAAAGGUCACCACAAAUCAGGAAGAGAUCAAGUCGAACCAGGAAGAGAAGGAUGGGAAACAGGAAGAGAAGGAUGGGAAACAGGAAGAGAAGGAUGGGAAACAGGAAGAGAAGGAUGGGAAACAGGAAGAGAAGGAUGGGAAACAGGAAGAGAUCAAGUCGAACCAGGAAGAGAAGGAUGGGAAACAGGAAGAGAUCAAGUCGAACCAGGAAGAGAAGGAUGGAAAGCAGGAAGAGGGAAAGGAUGCCCCAAAAACAGAUCGGGAAGGAAAGGGGGAGGAAGAGAAGUAGAUCUCUGUACCAGGAAGGGAGAGAAGAAGAGGGAGGGGAAUGAGGGAGGAAGGAGAUCCCUGUACCAGGAAGGGAGAGAAGAAGAGGGAGGGGAAUGAGGGAGGAAGAGAAGGAGAUCCCUGUACCAGGAAGGGAGAGAAGAAGAGGGAGGGGAAUGAGGGAGGAAGGGGAUCCCUGUACCAGGAAGGGAGAGAAGAAGAGGGAGGGGAAUGGGGGAGGAAGAGAAGGAGAUCCCUGUACCAGGAAGGGAGAGAAGAAGAGGGAGGGGAAUGGGGGAGGAAGAGAAGGAGAUCCCUGUACCAGGAAGGGAGAGAAGAAGAGGGAGGGGAAUGGGGGAGGAAGAGAAGGAGAUCCCUGUACCAGGAAGGGAGAGAAGAAGAGGGAGGGGAAUGAGGGAGGAAGAGAAGGAGAUCCCUGUACCAGGAAGGGAGAGAAGAAGAGGGAGG